AAGAAUGUGGUUUCAGAUUAGCGAGUCCUCCUUUUUAGUUUGAAUUCAUUUUAUCAACUGAUUUAGCCUUCAAAUAGUUUCUAACAGUCUGAUUCAUUGAUGUACUCAGUUGUCUUUUGUCAUUUUUGGCUCUAGUGAAAUUUACAACCCACUUUUGGUGUAAACCCCCUUCACGCCAGUUUUGAGCACAGUUGCUAUUGUGCAGGGCACCGGGCCACUUUGACUUUCCUUCCCCAACCGAGCCGCCCGAGACUUAACGUGGAGUAGCAAUGAAAGGAAGCAGUCAUGAGAAGAUGAAAAGAUAGAUGGGUGGAGGUAAGACGGGGAGAGAGGGAGAGAUGAGGUCUCCCAAGGAGACCACUGGGAGGGGUGAUGAUGAGACGUGAGCGGCAGCAGAGAGACGUUUAAAGACUUGAAAGAGGUCGAGAGGCGGAGGCUGGGAGGGAAACACCCUCCUGGUUCUGGUCAACUCUUUACACUCUCCAAGCUUCAUACGCAGGACACACACUCUCACUGCUGCACACAGCUCUGCUUUUUAGAUGCUCACACACUCAGAGUGUGUGCAUGUGUGUGUGCGCCGCAGAUUUGAGGACCGCAGGAGAAACCUCUCGCCUCUCCCAAGGAUUACAAUCAGGAAACAAUUUCCUGGAGUUAUCGUUUCUAUAAAUUGGAUUAAGACAGACAUCUGGAGCCCUCGGAGAGAGACGUGUGGGUGGGGAGCAGGCGUGAAUGGAUGAAUAAGUACUCAAGGAUGACUGGAUAAAAGUUUCCAGCCGUGAUUGCUCCACAGCAGAGGAUCCUCAUGAGAUGUCUGUUUGACUCACUGCAGGUGUGAACUUUAUUUCCUCGUAAAAAGCCGAGGAGGAUUGGACCAAACCUGAUUGCACAGCUCUUAAAUUACACUCCAAUCUCUGCGGCACCUGCUCAUCACUGAAAUUGCUUUCCAUCCUCCAAGUUUACAACUUCAAAGCCCGGACCAAUCUUCCAUAGAGGCAUUGUUUGUCUAUAUUCAAACACACAUUGUGAGCUUGUAAUUAUGCCCUCACUCUCAUUAUCUCUGUUCCUUCUGCUGCACGACUAAGAGGUGAGGAGGUAGAAAAAGAGGGAGAGAGGGAAGGCAAAAAGGGGGAGGGAGAGAUAAACAGAGGCAGUUUAAGGCGGUAAACACGUCCCGUCCAGAGCCAGCGCUCCUCUAAACACAUCAGGCAUAAAUCAGCACUGCGUUUGUCUGCGGUGACGCUCAAACAGGAGGACAAACAGCCAGGGGACGAAGUGGAGCGAGUAGAAAACACUGUGGUUGUCAAGUCUUGAAACACUGGAGUGAAGAAACGUGCGGCUGAUCAUCAAGUGAGGAGAAGAGUUUGAUUUCCCCGCAGCCAUGGACUCGGACGUCUCCCACAGUUUCUCCUGUCUUUGCAGUAAGAUGAAACAGCAGCACAUGAGCAGAAGAAGCAGCGGCGGUGGCGGCGUUUUCCAGCAGCAGACAAGAUCAACCUCCACCUCUAGACCCCACCGGCCUCUCCUCCACCCCAGGACCCUGCUCCUCCUGCCCCUGCUGCUCCUGCUCUUCCUCUCCUUGUGGAGCCAGCAGGCCGAGGCCGUGGUCCACUCCAGUUUCAGGCGGCUGAGUGGCCGCGAGAAGAAGGAGAUGCAGAAGGAGAUCCUGUCCAUUCUGGGCCUGCCGGGGAGACCCAGACCCCACCCGCCGCUACGACCGCCCUCCUCCGCGCCGCUCUUCAUGCUGGACUUGUACCACGCCAUGUCGGCCGAUGGGGAGGAUGAAGGCAAUGAGAUUAUUGUAAACGGACCUGGCAUGGGGAAGUUUGGAGCGGCGGAAAGGUUGGCUCAGGUCAACCACGCAGCCCCGCCGACCCUCAGCACGCACACGCCACCGCUGGGCACGGUGGUCAGCGAGGCCGACACGGUGAUGAGCUUCGUCAACCUGGUGGAGCAGGAGCGUGACCUCCUGCAGCCUCGUCCAUACUGGAAGGAGUUUCGUUUCGACCUGACUCCGCUCCCUCAGGGUGAGACGGUGACGGCGGCAGAGUUUCGGAUCUAUAAGACCCUGACGAUGGGCCAGAGGGCCAACCGAACACUGCACAUCUCCGUCUAUGAGAUCCAACGAGAGAACAGACACAGAGAGCCAGAGCUGGUGCUGCUCGACAUGCAGUCGGUGCCUGCAGGACAGGAAGGCUGGCUGGCCUUCGACGUCACCACAGCCUCCAACCACUGGCUUCUCCACCCCCGGAGCAACCUGGGCAUACGUCUCUACGUGGAGACAGAGGAAGACCGCUCCCUGUCUGCAGGCUGGAUCGGGUUGGUGGGACGCAGAGGCCCUCGCUCAAAACAGCCCUUCAUGGUGACCUUCUUCAGGGAGAGUCAGGUCCCGUGUCGGCCACCACGAGCCGUCAAGCCACAUCCUCGCAAGAAGAAACCCAAAUACGACCUCCCGGUCCCCAGCAUCCAUAAUCGGAGUCCUGCCAACAGCGGAGGUCAGCCGUGUAAAAAACACGAACUCUACGUCAGCUUCAGUGACCUCGGAUGGAAGGACUGGGUUUUGGCUCCCACUGGAUAUUCAGCUUAUUACUGUGAUGGAGAGUGUUUUUAUCCUCUGGGCUCCUGCAUGAACGCCACGAACCACGCCCUCAUCCAGCAAGUGGUCCACCUCCUGAAGCCUGACGAGGUUCCGAAGGCGUGUUGCGCUCCCACCAAACUCAGCCCCAUCUCCGUCCUCUUCUAUGACGACAACAACAACGUCAUCCUCAAGAAACACCGGAACAUGGUGGUGAAGACCUGCGGCUGUCUAUGAGAGGUUCCUCUAAUCUGAACACUGACGGAUCCGGAACAAGUCCAGAAACCACAAACUCUGCAGAACCUCUUUAACGUUGGAUCACAAUGUCAUUAUUAAUCAGGUCUAAUCUGUGCUUUGAGUGCUGAUUUAAGAUCAGGGAGUUCAAUUCAUUUUACAAAUUAAUAGUUCAGAUUUCAAAUCGGCAGCUUUAAACAUUCAGAAUUGUCAAACAGCUGCAUAAAUGUGAGAAAUAUUGAGUCUAUAUAAAUUUACCAAAGAGCUGAAACAUACUUGUAUCAUAAAACAUUGUAUUAUUAACAGUACUGAAGAUUUCAAAAGCACAAAUUUGAUCCAAACUGCUACACGUUUCAAAUUCUGAUUCAGUCUUCACAGACAGCUUUAAGUGGCAAAUGAUAUUGGAUGGCAGAAGACGCCAUUAGUGAUGCCUGGUUUGUUUUUUAUACAAAAAAUAAGUUUAUUUCAUUUCUAUUGUUGGAGUCUAUAUGAAGAGAAAGUCAAAUUGUAUUAAUGUAAUAAAAAAUAUUCACAGUCUCCUGACUCUGAUGUUGUAUUAUAAAAAAGUACUGAAGUGUUUCAGUGUCAGUCAACACAAAUAAAUCAUAUUUCACUAAUAAAAACAAACACUGAAAUUUCUCUUUAGUUAUAUUCUGCUGAGUCGCCUUAAAGGGUCGAAACUGUUUUAUGUGGAGGUCUAAAAAGAAAAAGUCAGAAUUUUAAGGAAAAAGUCAGAAUUUUGAGGAAAAAAAGUCUAGAAUUUCAAGAGAAGUC